UUGAAAGAAAAUUAUACUAUCACUUCCACUAUAAAUUAAACCACCUCACUAAACCCUCUGUCAUUUCCACCCUUGCAAAAUGGAGAACUGGUUCAUUAUCCUUAUCUCAAUCGUUCUCUCUCCUGUAAUCCUCAAAUUCAUCUCAAAGGUUUUAAAUCCGACAAAUAAACCCGCCAUAAAUCUCCCUCCGGGCCCUCGAAGCUUCCCACUUCUUGGAAACUUCCUAUUGCUCAAGAAACCUUUCUCAGAAAUCGAGCAACUUCUCCGAUCACUCACUACAAGAUUUGGCCCCAUGGUGACUCUCCGUAUCGGUUCUUAUCCAGCCAUCUUUGUAGCCGAUCGAUUCUUGGCUCAUCAGGCCCUAAUCCAAAACGGUUCAAUUUUUUCUGAUCGUCCCCAGGCUCUCUCUGUCGUUGACAAAAUUGAUAGUAGCAACCAGCAUACUAUCAACACUGCCUCCUAUGGCCCAAUUUUGCGCGUUUUGCGGCGUAAUCUCACUGAAAAAAUCCUUCACCCUUCUCGUGUGAAAUCCUAUUCUCAUGCACGCAAAUGGGUACUGAAAAUUCUCUUUGAAUAUCUCAAAUCCAAGGCCCAAUCGGGUGAUCCAGUCCCUGUUUUGGAUCAUUUUCAAUAUGCAAUGUUUUGCUUAUUAGUUCUUAUGUGCUUCGGAGAUAAGCUUGACGAGAAGGAAAUAAAAAAGAUCGAGGAUGCUCAUCGAAUAUUGCUUCUGAAUUAUGAAAGGUUUGAUAUAUUGAAUUUCUUUCCAUUUUUUACGAAAAUUAUAUUCCGUAAAAGAUUGAAGGAGUUCUACCAGCUGAGAAAAUACCAAGAAGAUGUACUAAUUCCUUUAAUCAGAGCUCAAAAGAGGGCGAAGGAAGAGAAGUUAAAUGAAUCAAAAGAUGUCUUAUCAUAUUUUGACACUUUGCUGGAGCUGCAACUACCAGAGGAAAAGAGGAACCUCGAUGAAGGAGAAAUGGUGAGUUUGUGCUCUGAGUUUCUCAACGCCGGCACUGACACUACAUCAACAGCUCUACAAUGGAUCAUGGCGAAUCUGGUGAAGUACCCGGAUGUUCAAGAGAAGCUAUUCAUGGAGAUCAAAGAGAUAAUGAAAAAUAGAGAAGAAGAGGUCAAAGAAGAUGAUUUGCACAAGCUUCCUUAUCUAAAAGCAGUGGUUUUGGAGGGUUUAAGGCGUCACCCUCCAGCACACUUUGUUCUGCCUCAUGCUGUGACUGAAGAUGCCGUUUUGGGUGGGUUUUUUGUGCCAAAGAAUUGUAGUAUUAAUUUCAUGGUAGCUGAAAUGGGUUGGGAUCCUAAAGUAUGGAAAGAUCCAAUGGCUUUCAAGCCUGAAAGGUUUAUAAAUUGUGAAGAAAGUGGAGGGGGGUCAUUUGAUAUAACAGGAAGUAGGGAAAUAAAGAUGAUGCCAUUUGGGGUCGGGAGAAGGAUUUGUCCAGGGCUUGGUUUGGCUAUGCUUCAUUUAGAGUACUUUGUGGCAAAUAUGGUUUGGAGCUUCAAGUGGAAGGCUGUUGAUGGAGAUGAAGUUGAUUUAGAAGAGAAGCAAGAGUUUACAAUGGUGAUGAAGAAUCCAUUGCAGGCCCAUUUAUCUCCUAGGUUUAAUUAUUAAUUAAGGAUAUGCUUCAAUAAUAAUGUUUAUAAAAUCUAUGUAAGCUA